CUAAAUUCCAAAUCGCUCUCGUAGUUUCCGCAAAAUUGAUUGUUUGGGUUUAGUUGAAACAAGCAAUGGCUCGUAUCAGGCAAGUUGCUCGUCGAACAACCGGUGACAUGUCUCCUCCUAACAAGCGACCUCGGACUACUCUGGUCAGUUUUGUUUUCUUGCUGGUCUUCCAUUUCCCAAACUGGGUUGUGUUUAAGUUGCACUCCAGGUGUUUGAUGAAACUCCUCACCCAACUAUUCUAUCUGUUUUAAAUUUCACAAUUGUGUAAAAAAAAAAGUUGUCCUUUCCGGUGAUUAUUCCAAAGCAACACUUGUGAGUUUCAGAUGAUGUCCCAAUGCAUCACUGGGUUUAUAUGUUGUUUAGUUUCUCUACUGCAGUUCCAGUUUGUGCCCUUCCACUUGUGUUAAACCAUUGCAUGCAGGAUUGUAGGGAUGUUCCAGGAGAAGAGUACGAUCGAGCUUUAAAGGAGCGUGAUUCGGCAUUGAAUGAGCUCAGCAACUUGAAAGCAGAGCUAAAGGUGGUACAGAGUCAGGGGACAAGUGAUCGCGUCGAGUUCGCUUUAGCCAAGACGGCAUUAGAGGCUGAGAAGAAAGCAGUGAGUGAGAGACUUGAUAGAGAAGUUAACAACUUUGCUUUGGAGCUUAAAAAUGUCCUCAAGGAGUUGUGCAAAAGAGAGGUGGAGUUGGAGAAGGCUUCCCAGGAAAGGGAUAGCUACCGAGAAAGCUUGGAAUCAGAGAAAAAAGAAUGGGAAGAUGAGAAGAUGGCUCUGACUCAGAGACUUGAUAAGACUUCCCAAGAACUGGAUACCUACAAAAAGAGCUUGGAUUUAGGGAACACGGUCUGGGAGGCUGAGAGGAUUGAAAUGGCUAGGAGGAUAGAAAUGGCGAAUAAGGAAAACCAAAGAGGUACAGGUAGUUGUAGCAAAUUUUGGAGGGAUCUGACUGAGAGAAAAGAAAUGGCGAAGAGCAGAGCAAUGUCAGACAAGGAAAAGGAGAAGGCCUAUUGCAAAGGGUACAUAGAUGGGUGGUUCAAGAAGCCUCAAGCCUCAUACAAAAACAGCUUCGCAUUAGGUAACAAUGUGUCAGAGGCUGAGUUGGAGAAGCAUUCCCAGGAUAAAUUGAUUUCAGAGAACAAUGUGUGGGAGGCUGAGAGGAUUAAGAUGACAAAGAGGAUAUCAAUGGCAAAGGUUGCCGAAGUUGAGAAGAUACAAAUUGGUGAGAGAACAGCAAGAGGAUCCCAGGGAAUGAAAAAGGACAAUUGGUCAAAAUGGGGGGAUCAAGAAGCCUCAUAUGCCUCAUACAAAAACAGCUUCGCAUUAGGGAAUAAUGUGUCGGAGGCUGAGUUGGAAAAGGAUUCCCAGGAUAACUUGAAAUCGGGGAACAAUGUGUGGGAGGCUGAGAGGAUUAAGAUGACAAAGAGGAUAGCAAUGGAAAAGGUUGCAGAAGUUGAGGAGAUACAAAUUGGUGAGAGAACAGCAAUAGGGGCCCAGGAAAGGAAAAAGGACAAUUGGCCAAAAUGGGGGGCUCAAGAAGCCUCAUAUGCCUCAUAUGAUUUCCAGAUUGGCCAACGUAGUUACGGAUCUUCCUGAGCAUCCAAAGAUGAGCAAACUGCCAGUCUCAUACCAAGAGCUGUGUAUUAGAUUGUAAGUGCUUAUAGUUUGGCAAAUUUAGUGUAAAUUUUUGCAGCUUCUAUUUUUCGGAUGUGGGUUCAUGUAGAUUUCUUAAACCCAUUUUGUCUGAUAGAGUUGGAAAACUGCUGUCGUGAACUUUUUGUAUGCACAUACGCUACAAAAGUAGAAAUGAAGUAUGUGAAAUUGAACUUAAUUACCU